AUGUCUUUAGAUAAGAUAAAACAUAUUGUUCUUGUCCUAUCGGGUAAGGGAGGUGUAGGGAAGUCGUCCGUAGCUACUCAGCUGGCACUCUCACUUUCUCUCGCAGGCAAGACAGUCGGCAUCCUUGAUGUUGAUCUGACAGGACCCUCUAUACCACGCAUGCUUGGUAUAGAAUCUGCAAAGGUUACCCAAGCUCCUGGUGGAUGGGUACCUGUGUCAGUACACGUUGCUGAUACCAACGCAAAUAUUGGGGCACUGACGUGCAUGAGUUUGGGAUUCUUGCUGCGGCAAAGAGGCGACGCAGUUGUGUGGCGUGGUCCAAAGAAGACAGCAAUGAUAAAGCAGUUUCUCUCAGAUGUUCUUUGGGGCGAAAUGGACUUCCUCCUGAUCGAUACACCACCAGGGACCUCUGAUGAACACAUCUCUCUAAUUGAGAACCUUUUGAAGAAUACCAACCCUACACAAAUGGCCGGUGCAGUUGUCGUCACAACACCGCAAGCUGUUGCUAUUGCGGACGUCAAAAAAGAGUUGAAUUUCUGCAUCAAGACUGGCGUGUCCGUCAUUGGUAUAGUGGAGAAUAUGUGUGGCUUUAUAUGUCCCAAUUGCUCUGAAUGCACAAACGUAUUUAGCUCUGGUGGAGGGAAGGCAAUGGCAGAAGAAUUCAAAGUCAGGUUCCUAGCAAGUGUGCCAAUUGAUCCACAACUUCUGCUAUUGGUUGAGACAGGGAAGAUUCCAGAGUAUCCAUCCGGGACUGUGGAUAGGAUUAAUAGUUUAAGCCCUUACAAAAAGGAGUGUAGUAGUUUAAUCCCCAAAGCUCCUGAACAGCUGGUCGAGAAGUACAAAGCGUGUCUUCUGAGUUCCAUCUUUGACGGUAUUACUCGAGAAAUUAUCAAAACUGUCGAAAACGCCGUUCCAAUUUUAUCUAAAUAA